GAGCCAGAGAUAGUCGUGCCAACAGGCUCUCGAUUCGCAGGUAUCAUACUUGCAUUGGCAAUGGCGCUGCUUGUUGUUGGGCUGGACUUGAGCAUGAUUGCUUCCGCCAUCCCGGCCAUCACGAGCGAGUUCAACACCAUCUCCGACAUUGCGUGGUACUCGUCAUCCUUUCGCCUUGCAAUAUGCGCAACGCAGUUCUUCUACGGCAAGCUCUACCGCGUUGUCCCGGUCAAAACCAUCUUCCUCGCGUCCGUGUGUAUCCUCGAGCUUGGUGCCCUCGUGUCUGGCCUGGCGGCUGCUUCGCCAAUGCUCGUUGUCGGACGCGCAAUCGCCGGCGUUGGAACUGCUGGUGUCUUCUCUGGCUGUUUCGUCAUUAUCGGCCGCAGUUUUCCAGCUCAACAGCGUCCCACAUACGCCGGCCUCGCUGCGGCCAUUGAAGGCAUCGCCAUGGCUGCAGGACCCGUGCUCGGCGGCGUGCUGGUCGAUUCGCUCUCCUGGCGAUGGUGCUUCUUCAUCAACCUGCCUCUGGGUGCGGCAUGCUCCGUGCUCAUGUUCUUCACCUUUCAGGAACCUGCCGCGCUGUCCGACAAUAGCCAAGACCGUAGUGACGCCAAGCUGGCCGACCAACUUCGCGAGCUGGACCUUGUUGGGACCGCGCUCUUCGUGCCGGGGAUCACCUGUCUGCUGCUUGCCGUGCAGUGGGGCGGGUCGACUUAUGGCUGGGCAGAUCCGCGCGUGGCUGCUCUAUUUGCGUUGACCGUUGUACUUGGAGGUGCUUUCUGGUGGCAAGAGCGUAAGAAAGGCGACAAGGCACUGCUUCCAGGCCGCGUGAUUCGCCAGCGUAAUGUCCUCGACGGGAUGUGGUUCGCUUUUGCGAACAACUCGGGUUGCGCUGUAGUCGAGUACUAUAUGCCCACCUACUACCAAGCAGUCCGCGGCGUAUCUGCAACCGAAUCCGGCCUACUCUGCCUCCCCUUCGUCGCCGGCCUCGCCGUUUCCACUCUUAUUGGAACCUCCCUAACUAGCGCGCUCGGGUACUUUACGCCCUUUAUGGUCCUAACUGCAAUCCUCUCCCCUAUCGGCGCCGGACUAUUGACGUCCCUCGACCUAACUAUGUCCCUUCCUCAAAUCCUCGCAUACCUCACCCUCUUCGCAGCCGGCGUGGGCAUCGGCUUCCAGGGCCCCCAAGUCGCAGCUAUAACCACGCUCCCUCCUCGCGACGCCCCGAUCGGUGUGGCGGUCAUUCUGUUCGCGCAGUUUCUCGGGCCGGCCGUCUUUGUGGCCGCCGCGCAGGCGCUCUUCACUAGUGGGCUGCAGGACCAGCUGUCCCGGGUGGACCUCAGCGGGUCGUCGACCACGGGAAAGGACAUUAUGAGCAUGGGACUCUUGGAUAUCAAGAAUCACGUCUCGGCCGAGGAUCUGCCCAAGGUGUUGGAGGUGUUCAACUCGGUGCUGACGAUGGUCUUUUUUCUGGCUGUUGGCCUCGCUUGCUCGACGUCGCUGGGGGCUGCGGGGAUGGAAUGGGUGAGUGUGAAAAAGAAGAAGGCUUGAAUCUCUCCUAGUGUCAGGUUCGAUCUAGUGUAUUGAGGAUCACGGCAGUAGCAGUGGCAUUGGGAGCAGUCGUUCUUAAUGUCGCCAGCGACAAGAGGAGGAGGAUGCCGUGCGAGGGCUUGUAUCCCGUAGAGCGCCCUCCCGACUGCACGAUGUCUUAGGUCAGGAGCGAUAAAUUUCACAUACUCCAGGUACAACGCUUGAUUAUUGGCUACUAGCAAGUCAAGCCAGACCGGUCUCAGG